GUAAUCCAAUAUAUGCACAUGGGUCAUGCUCUUGUACGAAAAUGGAACAUAGUCCCUGGUGGAGAGUGGAUUUAAUGGGUGUCUACAGCAUAAACAAGGUUACCAUCGCUAAUCGUAAAUGUUGUGGAAAGUUGAUAUCAGGUGCUCAGAUCCGUAUUGGCAAUAGCCUGCAUAGCAACGGCAACAACAAUCAGCUGGCUGCAACAAUUUGGUCCAUCCCAAAUGGAGGCACAGAAACGUAUGAGUUUAAGCCUAUUAAGGGCCGAUACGUCAACAUUGUUCUACCUGGGAAACGUAGAAUUCUCAGUAUGUGUGAGGUUGAAGUAUAUGGAGGUGAGUGA